CUGAUACAACUCCGGCGAGCGCCGCCGGCAACUCUCUCGGAGUUGGCAAUAGCGGAGAGAUCCAGACACCCGCGGACCUCCAGGCAGUCAGAGCCGGGGAGCCAGAACAUCCCAACCUCAUUUUCUCUCAGCAGCAACAGUAGAGAAAAACCGACAAAGGUAUUGGAAACGGCAGGCGCGGGCCCUGGGCGGCUGGGUGGGUUAGGCGCCAGCGCCCUAAGUGACAGCGGGGAACGGAGGGAGGCAGUCAGCGGCGUGCAUGCAUGGGGACCCGGUGACUGCGCCCCCGGCCCAGGCAGCCUGGGACGCCGACCGCUGGCUCGCCUGGGGAGCUGCAUUUCUCUGGUCUCUUGCCCCUCUCCGGAGCAGCCGCUGAGUUCAACUCCAGAACCUGCGCUCUGACCCCCAUCUGCACUCGCUUCCCAGGCGCUGUCUUCAGCGGCUACUUUGAAAGCUCCCGCGCACUGGCCGCGCGCUUGCCUGGGGACUAAACCCGCUGCCAAUCGUGCUCCCUACAGUCUCGCCCCCCGGAACAUGCCCUAGAGGCACCUGCGCAUGCAGGUGGCUGCGACAGCCGCGAUGAACACCAUGAAGAAGGCGGCGGCCGGCGGGGACGAGCUCGCAGGACUCUUGGGUCUGGUACCGGACCUCCUGGAAGCUGCCAACUCAAGUGUCAACGGGUCGCUGCAGCUACAGGACUUGUGGUGGGAGCUGGGGCUGGAGCUGCCGGACGGCGCGCCCCCCGGCAGUGUCGCGGCGGAGAGUGCGGACACGGAAGCGCGGGUGCGGAUCCUUAUCAGCGCAGUGUACUGGGUGGUUUGCGCGCUGGGGCUGGCGGGCAACCUGCUGGUGCUGUACCUGAUGAAGAGCAAGCAGGGCUGGCGCAAGUCCUCCAUCAACCUCUUCGUCACCAACCUGGCGCUGACAGACUUCCAGUUCGUGCUCACCUUGCCCUUCUGGGCCAUGGAGAAUGCGCUCGACUUCAGAUGGCCCUUUGGCAACGCCAUGUGUAAGAUCGUGUCUGUCGUGACGUCCAUGAACAUGUACGCCAGCGUCUUCUUCCUCACCGCCAUGAGCGUGGUGCGCUACUACUCGGUGGCCUCGGCUCUAAAGAGCCACCGGACCCAAGGGCACAGCCGGUGCGACUGCUGCGGCCAAAGCCUGGGAGACAGCUGCUGCUUCUCGGCCAAAGCCCUGUGCGUGUUCAUCUGGGCUUCAGCCGUGCUGGCCUCGCUGCCCAAUGCCAUCUUCUCCACCACGAUCAAGGUGAUGGGCGACGAGCUGUGCCUGGUACGCUUCCCGGACAAGUUGCUGGGCGGCGACCGGCAGUUCUGGCUGGGCCUGUACCACUCGCAAAAGGUGCUGCUGGGCUUCCUGCUGCCUCUGGGCGUCAUCAGCCUGUGCUACCUGCUGCUGGUGCGCUUCAUCUCCGAUCGUCGUGUGGUGGGGACCGAAGGAGGGACAGCGGCCAGGGGCGGCCUGACGGGAGCCAGCGCCCGGAGACGGGCCAAGGUCACCAAGUCAGUGACCAUCGUCGUUCUCUCCUUCUUCCUCUGCUGGCUGCCCAACCAGGCGCUCACCACCUGGAGCAUCCUCAUCAAGUUCAAUGCGGUGCCCUUCAGCCAAGAGUACUUCCUGUGCCAGGUGUACGCAUUCCCAGUGAGCGUGUGCCUGGCACACUCCAACAGCUGCCUCAACCCCAUCCUCUACUGUCUCGUGCGCCGUGAGUUCCGCAAGGCGCUCAAGAGCCUGCUGUGGCGCAUCGCGUCGCCUUCGCUCACCAGCAUGCGCCCCUUCACCGCCACCACUAAGCCAGAACCCGAAGACCACGGGCUGCAGGCCCUGGCGCCAAUCCACGCAGCCGCCGAGCCCGACCUGCUCUACUACCCGCCUGGCGUCGUGGUCUACAGCGGGGGGCACUACGACCUGCUGCCCAGCAGCUCCGCCUACUAACGCCGGCGGAGGCCCAGGGUGUGAGGUCUGUUGGGCAAAAUGGCCUUGAAGUAGGUGGGAAGGGGAUGGUGCUCCAGUGUGGCGGCGCCCACAAAAGAAGCGGCACCGGGAAUGCAGAGAAGCAAGGGUUUGAGAGUGAGGCUCAGCCACAAGGUGCACAAUGGAGCGCAUUUUUUCCAGCGACUUUCAAAGUCUUUGAUAAUGGCUGCCGGCUGCCUCCAGCGAGAGGUGCGGCUCUCUCAGAUCCCUCCCUCUACGCUUUGGCCCUGGAGGCUGUGGCUGUGCAAAGGUCCAACUCAAAGUGUCUAGAGAGCCUGGAGUUUUAGAGGCAAGAAACUUUCCCCCUUGUUAGAAGAGGGGGCGUGUUGGUCCAUUCCCAGGGGGAGUGUGGGAGGAGAAGCACCUCCCUCCGAGUCAUUGUAGCAUUGAUCACCCUGCUUUGGGAGGCUGGGCACUUUCUGCGUCCUACCUCAUCGGCCUCUGAGCUCAGAAGUCACCAGGAGCAUAACACCUGCCGCCAGCAAGGGGGAGCGAUUCACUUAAGAGUAGUGUGGCCGCGCGAGAGGGAGCUGACUACAGGGACUGAGGAGAGAACCACGUCGGGGUACUGUCCCAAGAAGGAAAACGUGGGCUCACCUGUUCAUUUGGUAACAACAGGAAGUGGAGCUCCAGGCGCGGGCUGAAAGCCCUGGCGCUUCACUUUUGAGGGCUCUCUGGGUACCUGGAGACUGAGCUCCGUUCUGGGAGCCGCAGGUGAGCCGGGCCCAGAACGCCUACCAGAGCUCUACUGGAGGGUGGGGGCGCUCCUGAGGCCCUUCCUCUUCCCUCCGUGAAAAUCCGGAUUCCCCUUUGAGGCUGUGGCCCAGACAAGAGGCGUGGCUCAGGGCCGUUCUUAGGAGGCUGAGCUAGCAAUGCUGUUCCAAUGUGCAGGGGGCUCUUGCCAAGCAAAUCCUCGGAGCUGAAGUCUGAUCUUUCAAGAGAAGGGGCAGGGUGAGAAACAGAAGGGAAGAGAAGCAAAACCUGUCCUAAAGGGAGGAGGGGAGGGGAGGUGCUGGUUUGAGGGCACGCCCCGGAAUAUCAGGUGUGGGUUAUUUACUGCUCAUACUGUUCACAAGAGAAAGCAGAAAUAGAAUUCCCAUAGGACAUUACCUUAACCCAUUCCAUUUGUGCUUUGCACAUUGAGCAUGUGUGAUGAAUCCCGCCCACCCCCCAACUUCCAGUCUCUGUGGCUGUCUCCGAAGAAUGACAGAUUUCUCAUGACAGCUCUCUUCUAGUCACAGCCGUUGAAUAUUGGAGACCCUCACAAAGUCCUGUCUUGAGCUGCUCUGAGAACUGGGAUCACACCUCAGCGUCCCCAUUCAUAUGCUUGCUUUGAUAGCAGCACUACUGUUCUCCUUGAUGAUUUGGUUUGGGGUCAAGAAACCAGCAAUGUAGGCAGUAUUGUGGUUAUUUUAAUACAAUAAAU